GCUUGACUCACACCGCAAUGACGAAACUCUUGCAGUGGCUUUGGAGCCUGGGCCUCCUCGGUGUUGUCUGGGCAACUCUCACGCUGGACCUUUUGGGACUCAGUCCAUUGCCCCCGCCCUGGUAUCAAGUCCUUUGGCCACUGCCUACCUAUUUGCUGGUGGUGUUUGGCUGCUACUCACUGGCUGUUGUUGGAUACCGGGUAGCCACUUUUAAUGACUGCGAAGAAGCCUCGCUGGAGCUACAGGCACAGAUCCGGGAAGCCCGGGACGACCUGGCCCACCAUGGCCUGAAGUUCUGAUCUGGCUUGCAGUAAGACUGGGUGCUGAGCACUGCAGGGAAGGGGCUCCCUCCAUCCCCUGAAGAAAGAUUCAGAAUAUCUUUGCUGGAGUAGAUAAUAAAGAGAAUCCGACUAUG